AUGGCGACCUCGGUCCCCAAAACCAUGAGCGGUGUCCUUGUCGAAAAGACAGGCGGCAUCGAAGUGCUGCAAUAUAAGACGGACCUGCCAGUUCCGACACCAAAAGAAGGCCAGGUUCUGGUCAAGAACGACUUCAUUGGUGUCAAUUACAUCGACACCUACUUCCGAACAGGUCUCUACCCCUCUCCCAAACCCGAGAUCCUCGGCCGCGAAGCAGAAGGAACAAUCGUCUCCCUCGGCCCCUCAGGCGACAUGUACGGCUUCAAGCCCGGUGAUCGCGUCGUAUGGAUGGCGGGCGGCGCCUACGCAGAAUACACCGCUGUCCCUGCUGUAAAGACACACAUCGUGCCCUCUAGUAUCGAGCCUGGGAUUGCCGCUGCUUCAAUACUGCAAGGUUUGACGGCUUUGACGCUUAUAAGAGAGGCGUACUUGGUGCAGAAAGGGGAUUGGGUUCUCGUUCAUGCUGCGGCGGGAGGGGUGGGGCUGUGGCUUUGUCAAUUGUUGAAGGCUGUUGGUGCGAGGGUUAUUGGGACCGCGAGCACGAGUGAGAAGAUUGAGCUGGCGAAGAAGAAUGGUGCGGAGUUCAUGAUUAAUUAUAAGGAGGAGAAGGAUUUCGUGGGGAAGGUGAAGGGGAUUACUGGUGGUGAGGGCGUUGCGGUGGUUUUUGAUAGCACGGGCAAGGAUCAGUUUGAGAAUGAUUUGGUGGUUGUGGUUAGGAAGGGGACUGUGGUUUCUUAUGGGAACUCGUCUGGCGCUGUUCCCCCGUUGGCAAUCUCGCGACUUUCGGCGAAGAACAUCAAGGUUUUGAGACCGACGCUUUUCAACUACAUCUACACGCGGGAGGAGUUCGAGAAGUAUACCGCCGAGCUUUUCGAUUUUAUCACAAAGGAUAAGUUGAACGUUAGGAUUCACCACACGUAUCCCCUAAAGGAUAUUGCCAAGGCACACACGGAUCUGGAGGGAAGAGCGACAACAGGGAAGUUAUUGUUGAAGCCGUAG